CGCCGACACUCGUUCCGCGCCUCGUUCGCCACGUGCCGGCCAUGGAAGAGCUCUUGGCGUCGCUCCCGGACCUGCUGAACUGCAACGACUUGCCCAAGCUAGCGUUUCGGUGCGAGCUCGCCAGCGUCUUGGCGAAGGAGUACCCCCACGGCGUGGCCUCGAUCUUGCUCAAGAGCCUCCUCGGGAAGCUCAAGCUCAUUUACGACACGGAUCGGGCGACGACGAGCGAGAAAGUCCUUAGCAACGACGUGCUUAGCUUCUUUGCGAGUGUGCUCCCGAGCGUCGGGUCGCUCAGCGUGACCUUCCCCGAGAUGGCCGAAGAGAGCGUCCAGCUGCUCAUCAAGCUGCGCGUGCAAAUUGCGCACCAGUCGUCGGACCUCCUCGCGGCGAACCCGCUGCUCCCGGCCCUCGACGUGGUCGUCCAGCGCGUCUUUAGCCAGCUCGUUCGCAUGACGCCGACCACUUUCUAAAUAAGUGAUUUCUCUCGUUCAA